AUGGCAAGUGCAAAUAUGCAUGAGAACCAUGAGACAAGACACUCACCACAUGCAAAGCCUGACAAACUGUCAAGUGAGCCACCUAAGGAGGUGAUGCUCAAGGGGAACAGUUGUAAUGAGGUGAGAAGUGGUGAUGGAGUAAAAGCUGAGGCUACAGUCAAGGUGGUCCAGCAAGUCAUGUCACAGGGUGGAGAGGUCGAACCAAAGACUAUGAAGUCCACUGAAGAUGUGCUUUGUCAGUGUGCAUCUCCAGUCAAGUUCAAAAGGGUGAAAUCAGUUGAAGUCGAGGGUGAGACAUCUGGGAUGGUUAGUGAAAACAAAGCCAUGAAGAGAGGUCUGGGCAAGGAAGCCACAGACGAGACCAAUGGCCAGGAUAUCACAGCCAAGGAGAUGGAAAACCUCAAGGCAGACAGUGGGGACACAGAGAUCCACCACACAUCAAACAGGCCAGAACAUGAACAACUGGAAAGGGCCAACAAUGAAAGGCUGGCCAGGAUUGUUGAGGUAAGAGUGCCACCAAGCAUUGGAGCAUCCAGCUACCCCAAACUCAGAGAACAGAGCUCGAAGGGGAGUGGGAUGGCAGACAACCCCAGCAGCAACACAAAGGACACAGGUGGCAGCACAGAUGCACUGCAGCAUGAUACAGGUGACCCUGGUCACCAUGCACAUGAGAGAAGCACACACAUGAGUGCCCAAGACCCACCAAUCAGCCUCCAGACACCAGCCAAACACCCACAGGAGGGAGUUGGCACUACAGCUGCUAAACAGCAUGCAGUGGGGGAGAUGAGCUGCAAGGAGUCAGAUGGGCAUGCUGAACCCAAGGUCAUGGCUGAGCAAUGCAAAUGUGAGGCUAUUGAGCCAGUGCCAGACCUAACUCUUCAAAUGGAAGCACACACUGCCAAGAAUUUACUACGAAUGCCUACAGAGCACAGUCAACCUAAACCCCCUAUGACAAACUACAUACUGGAGUCACCAACUGAGCAGGGACAAGUACUGCUUGAGGGGGAGUAUGGUGGUAAUGUGAGCAGCUAUGCAAAUGGCCAAAACACCAGUGGAAAGGAUCUUCGAGAUCACACACACAAGUCAGCUGGUAGUGAGAGCCAUCAGUGCACAAUUAUGAAGAUGCUGGAAGUAUCAAGGGUCAGCAGCAGAACAGUUGAGAAUGGGAGGGAUGCACCAAAAGUGUGGGUGCAGCCAGUCAAGGCUGAAAAUGACCAGGACAGCAGUAGUGGUCACAACACUGGCUCACAUGGAGUCAAGGAUGCAUCACCACCCAUGGCUGCAACUCAGUACACCUAUGAAAACACCCUCAACAGGCUGGAGCUGCACAGCAGUGCACCUGGAGGUGCAGGACUGCACAUCAAGCAAGGUUGCACAUUGGCAAUAACAAAUGAGACCUGUAGGUGUCAGUACACACCAGAGGAGCACCUGAAGGAAGGAAUUGGUACUACAGCUGUUGAACAGCACACAGUGGGGUCCAGUGAGGUGCAAGAGGUCAAGACACUGUGA